AUGUCUGGCCUCCGGCGCGGUCGCCUCUGGCUGAUUGUGGCGGCAGUUUGGCUUUUCUGCUUCUGGUAUCUGCGGGAUUCCUUCGGCUCGGGAGAUCCGUUGGCCGGCCCUGGACCUCAUUCGUGGGCGCGACGGCCCGCGAAGUAUCCCGUCGAGAAGCUCGCUGCUAUCCCGUCGGGGCGCAAAGGCGUGACGAUACCUCAGAUCCAGGCCAUCACUCCCAUUGAGAGCACCGCUGCUAGGGAGCUUCGUUUGUCCCGACUCAAUGCCGUCAAGAAGAGCUUCGAGCAUAGCUGGAAGGGUUACUCAUACUACGCCUGGAUGCAUGAUGAGGUGACACCACUCACAGGCAAGGCCAAGGAUCCCUUCGGCGGCUGGGCUGCCACAUUAGUCGAUUCUCUCGACUCGUUGUGGAUUAUGGACAUGAAGGAUGAAUUCAUAAAGGCUGUGGCCGCAGCCCAGGGGAUCGACUUCUCGACAAGCGCCAUUCCCCUUAUCAAUAUCUUUGAAACCAACAUCCGCUACCUCGGAGGUUUUCUAUCUGCCUACGAGAUCAGCGGCAAGACUCACCCCGCGCUUCUGAAGAAGGCCGUCGAGGUCGGCGACCUGCUCAUGUGUGCUUUCGACACCCCUAACCACAUGCCUGUCACUCGAUGGGAUUGGAAGCAAUAUGUAUAUGGCAAGAAGCAGGUUGCUAGCCAGCAUGUGCUCGUCUCCGAGAUGGGAUCCAUGAGUCUCGAGUUGACCAAGCUGUCCCACUUGACUGGUGACAUGAAGUACUAUGAUGCCAUCAAGAGGAUUGGGGACGAGUUUGAAGCGUCCCAGCUCAACUCGCGCCUGCCAGGCAUGUGGCCCGUGGAAAUUGAUGCAUAUACACCGGCCUUCCACGCAGGCACGGAUUUCACCCUCGGAGGCAUGUCGGACUCGCUGUACGAGUAUCUCCCAAAGCAAUAUCUUCUUCUCGGAGGGCAGCUCGAACAACCGCGGAAGUUGUACGAACAAUUCCUCCCUGUCGCCAAGAAGAACUUGUUUCGGAAGGCGCUCACUCCUUGGAAGGAGCCAAUUUUGAUCUCGGGCGACUUCGUGAUCACCGACUUGCCUGGAGAAAAGCCCAAAUUCACCGAGGUCUAUCGAGGUCAGCACUUGACCUGUUUCGCCGGUGGCAUGGUAGGACUGGCCAGCCGCCUCUUUGACCAGCCACAAGACCUCGAGGUCGCUAUUCAAUUGACUGAGGGCUGCGUCUGGGCAUACAAUGCAACCGAGACCGGUCUUGGCCCUGAAGUGUUCAGCUUUGUCUCUUGCGGUGACAUGGACUCCUCUGACCCGAAAGCCUGUGACUGGGAUGAGGCAAAAUGGCUCAAGGCUAUCGAAGCUCAAAAUCCAAAUGAAUUUACACCGCCAACUGGGAUGAAGAAGCCGGAAGGCUGGAAAAAGCCCACGCCUCAGGAGGUUGCUGACAGGCACAAUAUUCCCAAGGGUAUGUCGGCUGUGGGCGACCCGAAGUUCAUCCUGCGACCGGAAGCCAUCGAAUCCAUCUUCGUCUUGUACCGACUGACUGGCGACCCCAAAUGGAUGGACAAAGCAUGGGAUAUGUUCGAGCGGAUUGAGGCGUUGACUCGGACUGAGAUUGCGGCAUCUGCGCUUAAUGAUGUCACUAAGAAGGAGCCAGUCAUGAUGGACAGCAUGGAAAGCUUCUGGCUGGCAGAGACGCUCAAGUAUUUUUACCUAAUCUUUAGCGAGUUUGAUGUGGUGAGUCUGGACAAGUGGGUGCUGAACACAGAGGCACACCCAUUUAUGCGUCUCGACGUGGUGAAACAGUUCAUCCGCAAUGUGCGUGCGGCCAAGACGAUUGCCGACGAACGAGCCGUCAUCCAAAAGGAGAGCGCUGCCAUCCGUGCAAGCUUCAGGGAGGAGAGCCACGACCCCAACACCCGUCGAAACAACGUUGCGAAACUCCUCUACCUCUUUACACUCGGAGAGCGAACCCACUUCGGACAGAUCGAGUGCUUGAAGCUUCUAGCAUCCCCCCGAUUUGCCGACAAGCGCCUGGGACACCUGGCCACGAGUUUGCUGCUUGACGAAAACCAAGAGGUCCUUACGCUGGUGACCAACUCGCUCAAGAAUGACCUUGGCCACUCCAACCAAUAUGUCGUCGGCCUCGCGCUCUGCACACUGGGCAACAUUGCCUCGAUCGAGAUGUCGCGAGAUCUCUUCCCCGAAAUUGAGAGUCUCGUCUCUACCUCGAACCCCUAUAUCAGACGAAAGGCCGCUCUCUGCGCCAUGCGGAUAACUCGCAAGGUCCCCGACCUACAGGAGCAUUUCCUGGAGAAGGCAACCCAGCUCCUCUCGGACCGAAACCAUGGCGUUCUGCUGUGUGGAUUGACCUUGGUUACCAGCCUGUGCGAGGCUGACGAGGAAGAAGGUGGCGAGGAAGGGAUCGUCGAGAAGUUCAGAUCCUUCGUCCCGGGGCUGGUUCGGACUCUUAAGGGCUUGGCAACAUCGGGAUACGCACCUGAGCAUGACGUUACUGGCAUCACCGACCCCUUCCUACAGGUCAAGAUCCUUCAUCUAUUGCGAGUCUUGGCUGUGGGAGAUGCCGAGACUAGCGAACAGAUUAACGAUAUCCUGGCGCAAGUCGCCACCAACACCGAAUCCUCCAAGAAUGUUGGCAACUCGAUCCUGUACGAGGCUGUUCGCACCAUUCUGGAUAUUGAGGCCGACUCCGGCCUGAGGGUUCUCGGUGUCAACAUUCUGGGUAAAUUUCUCACCAACCGGGAUAACAACAUUCGAUAUGUGGCCCUCAACACCCUCAUCAAGGUAGUUGCGAUCGAGCCCAAUGCUGUGCAGAGACACCGAAACACCAUCUUGGAGUGUCUGCGGGAUCCCGAUAUUAGUAUUCGACGCCGCGCCCUGGACCUCAGCUUCACCCUGAUCAACGAGAGCAACGUUCGAGUUCUAAUCCGAGAGCUUUUGGCUUUCCUGGAAGUAGCAGACAACGAGUUCAAGCCUACCAUGACGAGCCAAAUUGGUAUUGCGGCUGACAAAUUCUCACCCAACAAGCGAUGGCAUUUCGACACGAUGCUGCGCGUCAUGUCGCUGGCUGGUAAUUACGUCAAGGAGCAGAUCCUGUCGUCGUUUGUCCGACUUGUCGCAACGACCCCCGAGCUCCAGACCUACGCGGUACAGAAGCUGUACGUCAACCUCAAGAAGGACAUUACCCAGGAGAGCUUGACACAAGCCGGAGCCUGGUGCAUUGGCGAGUACUCGGACGCCCUCCUCAAGGGUGGCCAGUAUGAGGAAGAGGAGCUGGUUCAGGUGGUCAAGGAGUCCGAAGUUGUUGACCUGUUCUCGCUCAUCUUGAACAGUGCCUAUGCAACUCAAGUGUCCACUGAGUAUAUCAUUACUGCCCUCAUGAAGUUGACCACUCGGUUCUCGGAUGCUUCUCAGGUUGAGAGGAUCCGACGCCUGAUGCAGCACAACCAGACCAGCCUGGAUGUCGAGGUGCAGCAGCGAGCAGUUGAGUAUGGAAACCUCUUCCAAUUUGACCAAGUCCGAAGGGGUGUGCUCGAGAAGAUGCCCGUUCCACAGAUCAAGGAGGAGUCUCGAGUUCUUGGUGCGGCCCCUGCCAAGAAGAAGGCCGCCAACCGGAAAUCUCGCGUCAUCAAGCCGACAGAGCAGGACCUUCUCGACAUCAUGGACUCGCCCGCUGCCACGCCCUCCAACGCACCUUCGACGACCAACACCGAUCUCCUUGCCGAUAUCCUUGGCGGCGCUACCUCUCCCGCCCCCUCCUCCACCUCACCGCCGCCCCCGCAGUCCAAUGUUUCAUCCAUCAUGGAUCUCUUCGGAGCCGAGCCAUCAAGGGCCUCCCCGGCGCCUUCAUCGAACCUCGAUCUCAUGUCACGGGUAUCGGCCGCGUCGCCCCAACCCCAGACUCCUCAGACGCCUGCUGGAAUCCCUUGUUACGAUGCCAAUGAUCUUAACCUGACGUUCCAGAUCCAGCGGAACGCCGAGGGCAUGAUCCAGGCCAUUGCCAAGUUCCGCAACAGCGGGACGGCGACAUUGUCCAACGUGGGCCUGCAGGCCGCCGUUCCCAAGUCUCAGAAGCUGCAGUUGCUGAGCAUCUCCUCCUCGGACCUCAUGCCUGGGGCCGAAGCUACCCAGACGAUGAGAGUUUCUGGGUGUAAGGGGCCUCUGCGACUGCGGUUGAGAAUUACGUACAUGCACCCAACCGCCGGACAGGUUAUGGACCAGGUCAACUGGACGGAGCCCUCAUGA